GGGGGAGGCUACAGGGGGCUCAACAGCGGAGGGGAGUUGAGCUGGGAAUUAUGGCCAGGUGAGGAGCAGGCCUGGCUGGAGGGCUCACUAGGCAAUUAGCAGACAGGCUGAGGUGUGAGGCUGGUAUAAAGAGAAGCAGGGGUCAGGUGGAGGGGAGGAUGACUCUGGUUGGGGAGGCAGCUCAGAAGUGAGGCCAGCACAAGUGAGGGUGGUCCCAGAGUGGAAGGGUGCCCAGGGAGGGAACGGCACCGUGAGACUCUAGGCUUGGUCAGGGGGUGCCCCCCAUGGGGGAAGCCUCUUCCUGGUGGUCUCUGGAGCUAUGCUGUCCCGCAAGGGCAUCAUCCCUGAGGAGUAUGUGCUGACGCGGCUAGCAGAGGACCCUGCGGAGCCCAGGUACCGAGCUCGCGAGCGGAAGGCCCGCUUUGUGUCCAAGAACGGCAACUGCAACGUGGCCCACAAGAACAUCCGGGAGCAGGGCCGCUUCCUGCAGGACGUAUUCACCACUCUGGUGGACCUCAAGUGGCCACACACACUGCUCAUCUUCACCAUGUCCUUCUUGUGCAGCUGGCUGCUCUUUGCCAUGGUCUGGUGGCUCAUUGCUUUUGCCCACGGUGACCUUGCCCCUGGUGAGGGCACUGCUGUGCCCUGCAUCACCAGCAUCCGCUCUUUUUCAUCUGCCUUCCUUUUCUCUAUUGAGGUCCAGGUGACCAUUGGUUUUGGUGGGCGCAUGGUGACUGAGGAGUGCCCGUUGGCUAUCCUGAUCCUCAUUGUGCAGAACAUUGUAGGGCUCAUGAUCAAUGCCAUCAUGCUGGGCUGCAUCUUCAUGAAGACUGCCCAGGCCCACCGGCGAGCGGAAACGCUCAUCUUCAGCAAGCAUGCUGUCAUCGCUGUGCGCCAGGGCCGCCUCUGCUUCAUGCUGCGCGUGGGCGACCUCCGCAAGAGCAUGAUUAUCAGUGCCACCAUCCACAUGCAGGUGGUGCGCAAGACCACCAGCCCUGAGGGCGAAGUGGUGCCUCUCCACCAGGUGGACAUCCCCAUGGAGAAUGGUGUGGGUGGCAACAGCAUCUUCCUGGUGGCUCCCCUCAUCAUCUACCACGUCAUUGAUGCCAACAGUCCGCUCUAUGACUUGGCUCCCAGCGACCUGCACCAUCACCAGGACCUCGAGAUCAUCGUCAUCCUGGAAGGCGUGGUGGAAACCACAGGCAUCACCACCCAGGCCCGCACCUCCUACCUGGCUGACGAGAUCCUGUGGGGCCAGCGCUUUGUACCCAUCGUGGCUGAGGAGGAUGGCCGAUACUCCGUGGAUUACUCUAAGUUUGGCAACACCAUCAAAGUGCCCACCCCACUCUGCACAGCCCGCCAGCUAGAUGAGGACCAUAGCCUGCUGGACGCCCUGACCCUUGCGUCGGCCCGUGGCCCCCUGCGCAAGCGCAGCAUGGCUGUGGCCAAGGCCAAGCCCAAGUUUAGCAUCUCUCCAGAUUCCCUGUCCUGAGCCAUGGGCCCCUGGGCUCCCACACCACCACACGGGCAGCGUGGAAUGCAUGCAGAGUGGAUGUGGUGUGGGCUCCUCGGCCAGGCCAGGACCUGGUGUGAGGCUGGCCCCUCCUCAGCUCAGCCUCCCUGCCUGCUGCGCACCCAGGGUGUUGCAAGACACUUGUCACUAUGCUAUUUCUGGCCUCAGCAGGAGCCUGUACUGGGUUAUUUUUGUCUCAGCUCCUCCCAACCCCAGCUCAGGACUGGAUGUCCCCCUCCCCCUGCCCCAGGCUGGGGAAGCCAUGGGAAGUGUUGAGCCAUAAAGCAGAGUCUCUGGCCAGUCCUGGGCCCCCAUGAUCGAUUGGGCAGGUGGCUGAGGAAGAACAGUCCCUAGUUUGGGGGUCUGCUGCUCUGUUUCUGUGGCCCCAAGAGAUGCCUGUGGUCAGGCCUCAGCCUCCUGGGGUCUCUGAAAAAGUAAUGGGCUAAUGGGUGGGCCCUGCUACCUAGGGAGGGCAGUGAAUGACCAGGUGCAUUCCAAGUGGAAGACUGGAGGGGUGGAGCCUUCACAGACAGAGCAGGUGGAGGCUGACAGGGCUUCCCUCUCCAGGGUAGGCUCAGACAGCAAGGAUGUGGCACGAACCUUAGCAGGCACAGGGAAGAGGAAAUGGGCCCCAUGCCCCAACACCGAGGCUUCUACAGGGAGGGCUCCAUGGGCUGGGGCUGCCUGCUCCCACUCUGUCCCCCGCCCUAGGAGGCUGCAGUGGGAUGGAGCAGACGCUGGUAUGCCAUGCAGAAAGAGGCUGACCAAGCUGGUCCUGGUUUCCCACCAGUGGCUGCCACUCACUUGGUCCAGCGGGUGGCUGUGGAGGGUCUCUGGGUUGUUAGAAAAGGAAAUGUUGGAAUGCUCAGGGUGGUGGGGGUGAGUGAGGUCCCUGAGGCAAAGAAGCCCUUGGUCCUGAAGGGUUUGACCCCAUGCUGGACUGUUGGAUCAGUGCUGUGUGUCCUUGCCCUGAAUCCUGCCUUCUCCUUUGUCAAUAAAGCCUCUCCCUUCAUGA